UCUGUAUACUCCACCAUAUAGUCUGAUAACUGAGAAAAGGGGUGCUUUGUUAUUUUUGUUUUUCUUGGAAAGACUGUGGUGAGGAAAACCUCUUCAUUGACCAAGCACGAGAAAAACAGUGGCUAUGACUGAAGUGGAUCCACUAGGAGUGGCUCCUUGUAUCUUAGCAAAAAUAUAAAGGAGAGGACGUGCACACUCUUGGACAAGAGGAGCCUGUGAUGAGAAGUUAAAUCCAUGAGCACACUAUUUUGGAGACAUGGGAUGUAGGCAUUCUGUCCAAAAUGAAGAUAGGAAAUCUGAGAAAGCAAUGAAAGCAGCUGUGCUCAUUCAGAACUGGUACCGUUGUUACAAGGCGCGGUUAGAAUUAAGGAGGCGCCAGGCCCUGCACAUCUUUGAGACCAUCGAAUAUGCGGAUGAACAAGAUCAAAUGCAGCUAGCCCACUUUUUCUCCUUCAUGCUGGAAAAUUAUGGAAAGACCAGCAAGGACAAUUCAGAAAAUGUGCCUCAGCUUUUUGCCACCUCAUCAAAGAGAAAAUCAGACCCAGAAUCUGUUAUAUGUAAUAUAGAGGUACCAGAGAGUUAUUAUGGUCCUCGGCUAAAAUUCCCUCUCACUUUUGCUGAUGUCAUACUUCUUAUUGACGCUUUCAAGGAAAAACAGAUACUGCAUGCCCGCUAUGUGCUACAGGUAUUAUUCGAGGUCAAGAAGGUCUUGCAACAGCUGCCAAAUAUUGUUUCCAUAACAUCCACCACAACCAAGGAAUUAACAGUCUGUGGUGAUAUACAUGGGAAACUUGAUGACCUUUUUUUGAUCUUCUACAAGAAUGGUCUCCCCUCAGGGAAUAACAGAUACAUUUUCAAUGGCGAUUUUGUAGAUAGAGGGCAGAAUUCCAUGGAGGUACUGAUGGUCCUGUUUGCAUUUCUUCUUGUUUAUCCCAAUGACGUGUACUUGAACAGAGGGAAUCAUGAGGAUUAUCUAAUGAACAUGAGGUAUGGCUUCACGAGAGAAAUUAUGCAAAAAUAUAAGCAACAUGGAGCAAAGAUUUUGCAUACUCUGGAAGAAGUUUAUACCUGGCUUCCAAUUGGCACUUUAAUUGAUGAAAAAGUUCUGGUUGUACAUGGAGGAAUAGCAGACACUACAGAUUUGAAUGUACUCAAACAAAUGAAAAGAAAUAAGAUGAGAUCAGUUCUAAUGCCACCAGUAGCACGUUCAGCAACUGAUUUAAAAUUUGGGCGUGGUUCUCGCGACUUACCCCCACCAGCGGUGAUGGCUAUGGAGCAACUUUCAAAGAGUGAAUGGGACCAGAUAGUCAAUGUUCUUUGGAGUGAUCCCAGAAGCAGAAAGGGCUGUUCCCCAAACACAAGUCGAGGAGGAGGUUGUUAUUUUGGACCAGAUGUUACCGACACUAUAUUGGCCAAGUUUGCUCUGAAAAUGAUCAUCAGAUCUCACGAAUGUAAACCAGAAGGUUUUGAUAUCUGCCAUGAUGGAAAGAUUGUCACAGUGUUUUCUGCAUCUAACUACUAUGAAGAAGGCAGCAAUAGAGGUGCUUACCUCAAACUGAGCCAGGAUAGCACUCCUCGAUUUUUCCAGUACCAAUCCACCCAAAUGAAUCAAGGGAAAACUCUUCACGAAAGGGUGGAUCUUGUUGAAAAUUCUGCCUUCAGGAUAUUAGGAGAGAGAAUGAUGAGCCGGAAAACGGAACUCAUGAAGGCUUUCCAAAAGUAUGAUCCGAAUAACACAGGAAAGAUUUCUCUCAGUGACUGGGCAAAGGCUGUAGAAGAAGUUUUAGAUUUGAAGCUGCCGUGGUUAUCUUUGUGCCCUCGAGUGGCCAAAGUGAUUGAAAAUGGAUAUGUUCUUUAUACUAAGGGUUUUAAGGAUCUGCCUACUAUAAAGGCUCCAGAAGUGGCUAAAGCAGGGAUGGUAGAAACCUUGGUCAGAUACAGAUCUGACUUGAAGAUCAUAUUCAAUGUCAUCGACAAAGAUAAAUCAGGUCUGAUCUCCAUGGAUGAAUUUCGUGCCAUGUGGAAACUUUUUUGUUCUCACUAUAACAUUAACAUUGAGGAUUCUUAUGUUGACCAACUGGCUAAUAGCAUGGAUCUCAACAAAGAUGGCAGUAUUGACUUUAAUGAAUUUUUAACAGCUUUUGAUGUGGUCCAUAGACUUGAGGGCAACAGUUAAGACAUAGCCCUCAAAUCUCAAAAUUUAUUAAAUUCCUUAGACUGUCUCUACAAUGUUAGGCCCUCACAUGCAGAACUGAAAUCUUUAUCAGGGCUCUUAACGUUCGUAGGCAGUGCAGGAGGAGAGUAG